AUGGAAGAUGCCUCAACAACUGUAGCAGCAGCAGUGACAGCGUUGGCUGCCCCUUCCCCUGCCACUCUGGUCUUGACGUCGGCUCCAGUGUCCCCCGCGUCGGUCAUCGAGGUUGAGGACACCGUGGUUGUCAUCGACGACUGCCCUUCCCCGCUUCCCGGAAGCCCAGAUUCGGCCCCCUUCGAUCUGAAUUCGGUUUGUGCCGAGAGCGGUGACGCGCAGGGGUCUGUCCAUCCACCGCAGGAGGCUCUGUCAUUGCCGCCGUCAUUAAAGAUGGCUGCCAGUCCGUCGGCACACAGUACGGAGACCGGCUACGAGUCUGCAUUGUCCCCGCUGAGUGACUGCAGCUUCCGGGAGGACAGCCUCUUCGACGAUUCUCCUCCUUGGGUGGACCCCCUGUCGGAACUGUUCCCGGCAUUGGAUUCCAGUGAUCCUGGCUACACGCUCCGCCUGGUCCAAGAGGCCUCUCUGGACCUCAAGCCCCGGCCGAGCGAGGAGGACCUCCCACGGCUCCCUACACUGCGGCGGGGCAAGAUGUUCUCUCGUGCGACGUUGGUGAUCGAGGAUGUCUUGGGUCGUAAGCGGACUACCUUGACAAGGGCUGUGGCUCCCAGCUCGGUUUGCCACGCCGUGUUCUGCCGCAAAAUCUUCAACACGUAUACCUCGCCUGCAGUAGUGGUCAGGGAGUGGUUGCCUCCGCUGCUGACGCCCCUCAGCAUAUGGCUCAUUGCGUUCUUGGUGUUAUCGGCCGGCGCCCUGGCGGUGAUGGUGCUGCCGGCGUUCCCGUACAUCGCGUGGCCCCCUUGCCACGAGCCCCGGUACUUCGAUUACGCCCACGAGAUGGCGCUCUCCCUGAAUACCACGGUCCAGCCCUGCGACGACUUCUACGGCUACGUGUGUGGCGGCUUCGCGGAGCAGCACCCGCAACACGCCAACUUCCUAUCGAUUCUCGACACCCGGCUGGCUCUAGUUCGCGCCAGGUUGCUCAACGGCGCUGCCGACGGGUUCGAAGAGACGUUCGUGAGGCGCGCCGUGGAAGCCUUUCGUCUCUGCGUCGACGAGUACCGCAGCGGUCGCGAAGACGGUCUUUACCAGCUACGUGAUUUUACGCACUCGAUUGGCAUCCACUGGAGAAAGACGCCGGUGGCCUUCACCAGCUUCACUCUGCUCGGCGUCCUGUUCAAGCUUUCCCUGCGCUACGGCAUCCCGCUGCUGCUGAACGCGCGUUUGCGGGCGUGGCUGAGCGCAGACAGUCCGUCGACACUUAGGGCGGGGCUGCAGUUGGACUUCGAGCCGACCGACCCUCCGCUGGUGGAGCGCACUGCGGCGAGUGUCGAGGACGUGCUGCGUGCCGUGGCCCACAACAGCACCAUGCUGCGCUUCAAGAGCAUCGCGGCCGAUGUGCGCCGUGCCAUGGACGAGCUUCACAAGCGCCUUGAAGCGGCUACGGUGCCGUCCGGAGAGCUGCUGUUCGUCAAGGUCCCAAAAAUCGAGUCGCUACUGCCGUUCAUAAAGCCAGCGCACUUUGAGAUACUGGUCAACCACUUCCUCGGAGCUCCUAACAAGUACAGUAUGUCCAGUGAGGUCGUCAGCGCCACGGCUUCACUGGUGCACGAGUUGGCCGUCUUCGUGAACGAGGAGGCUCCGACGGGCCGUGCCCUAAACCUGAUUCGGUACCUGCUGUUCGAGCGCCUCGUGCCGGUGGCCACCUCGCGCCUGGAGGAGGCGCUCGACCUGGAACCAGGCGACGCGUCGAAGCUUCGCAUUCGCGCCUGCAUGGACGCCGUGCGCCGCGUCGAGCCCAGGACGUGGCAGUUUCUCACAUUGCAGGAGGUUCUCUCCAAACGGCGCGUUACCCAAUCUACGCGCGUCGUGUCGGCGGUGCUUAACGCGACUCUGAACGAGUACGCCCGGUGGCAGGACAACGUGACGCUGGCGCGCACCCACGCUCGGCUGCAGCUGCUGCGCGCCGAGAACAGCUUGACGCCGCUGCUGUCGGUUGCCGAUGCGAACCGGCGGUACAAGCACGUGGCCGCUGCGAACAACGGGACCUCGUUCUUCAAGUGGUUCACCAGCUCGCUGCGCAAUGGCGCCGAGCUUGCGAAGUCCGCCAGUGUCGACACUCUCCGCGACGCUGACGAUCUACGCCAGUUGGACGCCCUUCGGCUCUUCAGAGUGCACGUGGACCCGCUGGAUCCUGUGGUGCGCGUGUCUCCCGGCGCCAUGUUCGGCCCGUUCAUGGUGGACGACGACGUGCCACCGGACGGUGUGAACAUGGGCGCCCUCGGCUCCACGGUGGGGGCCCUGGUUGCCGCCUUCAUGGACCCCGUGCGUGGACCGCUCGACGGAGUGAGCAGGAUGAGGCCCAAGUACGAGAAGGCCACUGCCUCUAAGUACGACAAGGCGCUCGACUGUCUCGCGUCCAGGCGCUCCAAAAAUGGGCCUUCGAUUGUCGACAAAGAAGAGGCAUCACCGGUCCUGAUAGACCAGCUGGGCGUGCGGAUCGCUUACGGUGCCUUCAGGGCAAUGCUCAACGCCAGCAGCACCAAGGCCGGGGACUCGGCGCUUAUGGCCCGGCUGUCUCAUCUGCUGGGCAGCGUGCAGCGAACCUUCUUCGCGGCCCACUGCUUCCAGUUCUGCGAGCACGAGGCGCCUAAUAUGGCGGGACACGCCACGUCGGGUCGUUUCCGUUGCAACGCCGUUCUCAGAGACGUCGAGGCCUUCUGGACGGCCUUCAAGUGCCCCGUGGGAAGCUCCAUGCGGCCCGCGCAUGCGUGCGCGAUCUGAACAACGCCGUGUUUCUCUGUGCAUUUCUCUUUACCAAAUUUGUUAUAGUAUAUUUGCAUUGGUAAUAGAUCUGUUUGUCUCUCCAG